AUGGGGAACGCGCUGCGGAAGGCCAAGGAGGCCCAGGGGGUGGCCGGGAAAAUCCUGAGUAGCAUCUACGCGGCGUUUUCAAUUCAUGGCCAAGACAGCUCGAGGAAGGGCAAACCUAAAGAUGGAGGGGCAGAAGAAGGAGCAUCCGCGAAGGGGGAAGCCGCAAAAGGGAGAAAGAACUUCCUUCUAAGAGCUGUAGCCGACAUGACGAAGGGGGAAAAGACGCUGCUCACCAUCGCCUUCGCAUUUUUAGCCAUCAAUGCGUACACGAACUUGAGUUACCCGAAGAUUAUGGGGGAGUGCGUCGAGACGGUGAAUCUCGCAGAGGGGGGGGUACCCGCGGUUAGCGGGCUUAAUGGGGGUGGUAGCGCAGGUGGAAGUGUCGGAGGAAGCGUCGGAGGAAGCGUCGGAGGAAGCAUCGACGGAAGCACCAUUGGGACUCCCUCCAAGUGCAACUUCCUGGCGACCCUCGUGCAGAAGACCAGAAUUUUAAACAAGCUGUUCCUGGGCACCCCGGACAGAGGCGCGCACGCCGUCCUCUGCUUCCUGCCCUACUUCAUCUGCGGAGGGGUAGCGUCCUACUUCAGAAUAUACUUCACCAACAAGUGCAUUCAGAAGGUGGAGAAUCGGUUAAAAAGGAAGGUGCAUAAAACGAUCGUCACACAAAAUAGCGAAAGGUUCAAAUCGCUCAAAUCGCCUGACCAUCUCCUCAACUGCGUUUUUCACGAAAUAAAAUUUUCUGCCAAGCAGUUGAUUACGUCCAUCACACAAAUGGUUCGCUAUGGUAACUCCAUCCUGGGGGGAAGCAUCUCGAUGGUGUGCAUAUCUCCCUACUUGACGAAGCUGUGUGUGUUGGUGGUGCCCUCCUACGGACUUCUCGUCCUCCUAAUUUUGAGAAAACUCAAAAGCAUUAAAAUGAAGGCGUCCAAUUGUGAAGAAAAACAAAUGGCUAGACUGUCAGACAUUUUGCAAAAAAAAAAUGUCAUUUCAUUUUUUGGAAAUGAUUAUUAUGAAAAUCGCUUUUUUUGUAAAAACUUAAAAUACAUGAACAGACUAAAUGAGAGGUACACAAAUUGGGAGUCCCUUUUUUAUUCCUUCCUCAACAUCGGAAGCAACAUUGUUAUCUGCUCCAUCCUAUGCUUUGGAAGAAGCGAACUGAGCAAGAAGAAUAUCACCCAUGGCCAGCUCGUCUCCUUCAUUGCCUUCUCCAGCAUGUUAGGGUUAGGUAUUGUCGGGAUGUUAAAAUUGAAAAAGGACCUCGGCGUUCUCCAGCUGAGUCUUCAGAAGAUUUACGAAAUUGUGGACUUCGCUCCCGUGGGGGGUGCAGAGCGGGAUGGGGGGGCAUCCGCACAGGGGGACGACGUUUCUACAGAAGUGCAUAGCCAAGUAGGGGGAACCCCCACCGUUGGUGCCCCUUGGCCAAGGAACCCCCGCGGGAGCCUCAAAUUCGAAAACGUGCACUUCGCCUACAACGCAUUCGACGCCAGCAAGAGGAAGGAGGUCCUGAAAAACAUAAGCUUUGAAAUAAAGGAAAAGGAAAAGGUAGCCAUCAUAGGCAAGAGCGGGGCGGGGAAGUCUACCCUGUGGAAGCUCCUCACCACAGAGUUCGACUAUCAGGGGAACAUAUAUAUUGACGAAUAUAACUUAAAACAUAUGAACAAAACGUAUUUUAAAAAGUGCAUCAUCUCGGUUAGUGAGCAGGACUGCUGCCUGCUGAAUAGGUCCCUCUACGAGAACUUACUCUACGCUGUGUUGCCCGUAAAAAUUGAGGGCAAGCGGGAGUUUCCAAGGGUUAUCACCAUGGGGGGGAGGGAGAUAUGCACCGACCAGUCAACCCGUCCGAAGGAAGGGGAAGGCACAUCAAAUGGAACUCCAGACGAAGCCGCCCACAGCCAACGCGAAACUUGCAACACGCUAAACACUUCGAGCACCCACCCGGGUGAAGCCAAAGCGACCCCGAACAGCGAGGCAGCCCAGCUGAAGGACCAUGCCCACUGCGCCCUUCUGCAGGAGUACGGGCAAGACAAGUUAAUCCUCAUAAACGACACACUAAACCAACUCUGCGAACAGCUAGACUUGACUCAGUUCAUACGCUCCCUGCCAGAGCACCUUCACACAAGCAUCCAAAACAGCUCCAUGUCAUCCGGUCAGAGGCAAAGAAUAUCUCUCAUCCGUUCAUUAAUAAAAGACACCCCAAUUUAUGUAUUCGAUGAAAUCACUUCGUUUUUAGAUGAGGCCAACGUGGAAAGGGUAUACAGCCUAAUCAACACGGUACUAGCUAAGAAAACAAUCAUUUACGUCACCCAUUCGGUGAACAUCCUACCACAGAUGGAUAAAAUUAUUAUCGUCGACCAGGGCAGGAUAUGCUCCAUUGGGACCUUCAGUCAGAUUAAGAACGACCCGCUUUUCUUGGACAUCUUUUCGCACUCCAGGGUGGCCUCUGUGUGA